UCUUGCAGCUCGAGCCCGUGUGACUGACAGACCCUCCCGGCUCGGCUUCAGACUGCAGCGCGCGGCGGCACGAGGCGCGAGGACACACUGCUGAGAGCCCCGCGGCCCCGCCGCUCACCGGAGGACCCGCCCCGCUCUGACCGGACACUUUAACGGGACUUUGUUGGGUUUGAUCCGCCGCACGCGGAGCGCAGGGCGCAGAGCGCAGAGCGCGCGCAGACACCGCCCCGGACACAGGUGAGAGGAAGCAGGUCCAGGUGCAGCAGUCAGGAUCAGCUGAGAAGAGUCAUGGCUCUCUGGAGCGAACUGGGACUGUGAGCUCUCCCAGUCCGAGCAGCUGGACUAACUGGACGGUCACAUCUUCAUCCUCCUCCUCCUCCUCGCUCAGCUGCAGGUGCUCCACGAUGUUUCACCACGGCAACAACAAGAAGUGUUUCACCAUCGAGUCUCUGGUGGGGAAGGAGGCGAGCAGCGGCGGCGGCUCCGGUGAGGAGCCCAUCCGGCCCACGGCGCUCCGCUUCCCGGAGUCCCUGCACCCCUCCGCCGCUGCCGCCGCCGCCGCCGGGGUGUUCGGCUCGUGCUUCCAGGGGAGCAGCGGGAGGACUUUGUACUCUGCCGGGCCGGACAUGGUGCUCCAGGAGCCCGGGACGCACGCGCACAGCCCCGGCGGGCUGCCGCUGCACCCGCUGCAGAUCCCCCCGCAGAGCUUCUUCAGCCCGCAGCACCGGGACGCGCUCAGCUUCUACCCGUGGGUGCUGCGGAGCCGCUACCUGGGACACCGCUUCCAAGGGGACGACAGCAGUCCAGAGAACCUGCUGCUUCAUGGUCCGUUCUCCAGAAAACCCAAAAGGAUCCGGACAGCGUUCUCGCCCUCUCAGCUGCUGCGCUUAGAACGAGCAUUUGAAAAAAAUCACUAUGUCGUUGGAGCUGAGAGGAAGCAGCUGGCCAGUGGGUUGUGUCUGACCGAGACGCAGGUGAAGGUUUGGUUUCAGAACCGCAGGACAAAGCACAAGCGUCAGAAGUUGGAGGAGGAGUCUCCUGAAGCUCAGCAGAAGAGGAAGGGCAGUCAGCACGUCAACCGCUGGAGAGCGGCCACACAGCAGCCUGGAGGAGGAGGAGGAGGAGGAGGAGGAGCAGUGGAGGACGUGGAUGUCCUCAGUGAGGACUAGACUGCAGCAAACACACACACACACACACACACACACACACACACACACACACACACACUGUUACAGUCACUCUGAUUCGUGUCAGAUGUCUAAAUUUACCUUUAAAGGUGCGUUCAGGUGCUUUUUACAUGUUUAAAUAUAGCAUAUCAACGG